AUGGAAAUUACAUCGUUACUUGAUGAAAUGAAUAAAGUAGGAGAUACUACUAUUGGUGCUCUUAAAGAAGAAAAAAAAAAUGUACCAAUUUUAAGUACAGAAGAAGCAAGAAAAAAGUCUAUUGAUUUAAAAGACAAAAAAGAAAAAAAACAAAACGAAGAAAAUGGAGAAAAGAAAAGUUCACAUACAAAAAAACCUAUUAAAAAGUUAUUAAAGUCAUCAUCUUCUAAAGAAGAAAAUGAUGGUAAAAGUAAAAAACCAAAAUCAACAACUUCAGACACAAAAGAUGAAAAGAAAAAAACGAUUAAAAAGAAAGUAACGAAAGAAGAAAAAGAAGAAAAAGAUAAAAAACGAAAAGAAAUAAAGAAAGAAAAGAAAAUCACAACAAAAAGUAAAAAAGAAAAGAAAGAUAAAACUGAAGAACAUGAAGAAACGAAUGAAGAUGAAAAAAAAGAGUUAAAAAGAAAAAGAACAACAAAAAUUGAGAGUAGUGAAAAAAGUCAUGAAGAAAAAAAACCAAGAAAAAGUGAUAAACGAACUAAAAUUAUAUUAUCAGGAUUUGAUGUUGAACAUGACCCCUUUAUUGAAGAGAUUAAAACCUCCCCAUUUUUUAAUGUUCAAAAAACUAUGGAUGACAUUAAACUUGUUUUUGUUCAUAAAUCAAUGAGAACAGAAAAAGUGUUGGACGCCAUUGUUAAAGGAAUUCCAGUUGUAAAUGAACAAUACUUAGAAGAAUGUGUAAAAGAAAAUCGAGAAGUUGAAAUUGAUCCAUAUUUAUUAACCGAAGCUUUUCCUGGUCUUUUAGUCACAAGUCAAGAAAGAAAAAAUUUAUUUAAAGAAUUAUCUAUUUGCAUUUGUGGACAACCAAAAAUUCUUGCCACUAAACUAAGUGCUUGGAUUGAACGACUUGGUGGUAAAAUUACUAUCCGACCAAAAGAUGCAGAUGUAAUAAUAUGUGGACAGUUAAAACAUCAUUUAACACUAAGAGAAAAAAAGAAUGAUAAUGUUCAAAUAGUAGCAGAAAAAUGGUUAUACGAUUCAAUCGGUUCAAUGAAAGUAAUGGAUUAUAAAAGUUAUAAAAUUGAUGUUGAAGCAAUUCAACCUGAAAAUGAUUAA